AUGUCCUCCUCGACGCCGCCCAACGAUCCUCCAUCAAACUCAGAGAAGAAGCCAGAGGAGACGCCUCUGCUCUCCUCGACAGAUCAGACAGACAAUGCACAGAUGGACACCUCCCCAGAUACCGUCCCGCCACCCCCGCCCGAGGAAACUUGGGACGAUAUUCCUGAAGACAUUCUCUCUCUGAGUGCAGACGAAAUUGCUACACGAACACGGCUAAUUGACAACGACAUCAAGGUUAUGAGGUCAGAGACCCUCCGGCUGCAACACGAGCAAAGCGUGAUGAAGGAGAAGAUUCGUGACAACGGGGAGAAGAUUAAACAGAACAAAGUAUUGCCUUACCUUGUUGCAAACGUCGUCGAAAUUCUUGACCUGGAUCCUGAAGGCGAGGAAGCUGGUUCAGCACAGGACGAGAACUCUAUGAGGAAAGGAAAGUGUGCGGUCAUUAAAACCUCAACACGGCAAACCGUUUUCCUCCCAAUGAUUGGCCUCGUUCCUCCCGAGAACCUUAAACCACAAGAUCUCGUCGGUGUGAACAAGGAUUCUUAUCUCAUUCUGGACACCCUCCCCGUGGAAUUCGACUCGCGAGUGAAGGCUAUGGAAGUUGAUGAACGGCCGACGGAGAAGUAUACCGACAUUGGUGGUUUGGAAAAGCAGAUUGAGGAACUAGUCGAGGCUAUCGUCCUGCCUAUGGAACAAGCGGACAAGUUCAAGACCCUCGGAAUUAAACCGCCGAAGGGUUGCUUGAUGUAUGGUCCUCCAGGAACGGGCAAGACCCUUCUCGCUCGAGCAUGUGCUGCAUCUACCAACGCCUGCUACCUCAAGCUCGCUGCCCCUUCGCUGGUUCAGAUGUUCAUCGGUGACGGCGCCAAGCUCGUUCGGGACGCAUUUGCCCUGGCAAAGGAGAAGGCACCUGCUAUCAUUUUCAUCGACGAACUAGACGCCAUUGGAACCAAACGAUUCGACUCGGACAAGAGUGGUGAUCGUGAAGUCCAGAGAACCAUGUUGGAGCUUCUCAACCAGCUGGAUGGUUUCGGAAGUGAUGAACGUAUCAAGGUCAUCGCUGCAACAAACCGAAUUGACAUUCUCGAUCCUGCAUUGCUGCGCUCUGGUCGUCUGGAUCGGAAAAUUGAAUUCCCUCUGCCGAACGAGACCGCUCGUGCCCGUAUCCUGGAGAUUCACUCACGGAAGAUGUCAUGUUCACCAGACGUCAACUACGAUGAACUUGCUAGGAGUACGGACGAGUUCAACGGAGCCCAACUCAAGGCGGUCUGUGUGGAGGCCGGUAUGAUUGCACUACGCGAAGGUGCAACUAAGCUAAAUCACGAACACUUCUUGAGCGGUAUAGCAGAAGUACAAAGCAAGAAGAAGAACAACCUCAUGUAUUUCGCAUAGUUGCCCAUACUUUCUGUUUCGU